UGACUUCGCUGUUGGCUCGAACAUUUUGUCAUGGUUUGAGUAUUUAAUUCACUGGGUGGCUAUUUCUAUUACAUGCCGACUCUUUGGGAUAAUUGCGAGUUAAUUGCGACAUAUACGACCAAUAAUAAUUUGAGCAUUUAACCAAAAGACAGCCUACUACUUUACAGCGCCAUAGAUGAUUGUGAUUGUUUUGGCUUAAUAAUGUAAACGGUACACCGGUCUGUGGAUAAACUGUGUAUCCCGCUCUCUGUGGAUCUACUUAAGAAAUGUUGUGUUUUCAAUGGAUAUAUGUUUUGAAAUUGUGUCAAAACCAAUUAAACUGAUUUUCUAGUGAAAUUACUACCGCACACAAUUAAAAUUGUCUGCUAUAAAGUACAAGUCGUAAUAUGAGAGAUUUUUGUUGAUUGAAAAAAGAAACGGAUAAUAACACAGAUUUAGCUUCAGGUUUUGUGUUCAAUUUCCGGGAAGGAUUAACACAAACUAUUGAAAUAAUUGCAAAGGUUCAAUAAAUGCCAGGUUGAAAAAUUGUAAAAACUGUUUUUCACCAUUUUUCACUAACGGAGUCACACUUUGCUAUAAAGUUGCUACUUACGAAACAAAAUAAAAAAAAUACAAAUUUUAAAGAACUUUUAAUGAAACGAACAAACGCGAUCAGUCGGAAAUUAUUGACUUAUAUAGAGUAAAUUAAAUAGUUUGUAGAUUUGUCUUUGGGAUACAAUUAUUAUUUUGUGGAGUUUGACAGGUAACAGUGUCAUUGUCUAUUAUAUUUUAACGCUAAAUACAUGUAUCAGACGAAAGACCAACAGCUGUUUCCAGUCAAAUCAGUUCGUACUAUCUGACAAGCCGUACGUCACACUUACUGUCAACCGUAGGUAAAGGCUUAAUCCACACUUUGGUCAAAUCGCCCAUCCCGACGAAAACGUAACUCCCACAAGUUUAUCUGAUCACGAAUUGGAACCGUUAUCUAUCUUUCUUCACUCAACGAGUCACUAAUACAACAAGCAAGCUGGAUUCCAUCAUCAGGAUAUUAUGUCCAAGGAAUUUAUAUUUUUAAUUUUAAAUCUGGUUGUUCAAUAUGUAACACUGGUAUCAACAACUCAUUUUAUCAAUGAAUGGGCUGUGGAGAUUAAAGGCGGACCUACUAUAGCUAAACGGGUUGCUUCUGAUCACGGAUAUGAAGUAAUUGACCAGAUUAGAGGAUUUGAUGAUAAUUAUUUACUACGUCAUAAAGAUGUUGCCUCCAGAUCAAAACGCAGUGCUGAUCAUCAUACCAAACGAUUAACAUCAGAUUCUAGGGUAGAAUGGGCAGAUCAACAAUUUUCUAAAAGCCGCGUCAAGAGAGGAUAUUUAGAAGAUAUAGACCUUGAAACGAGACAAGAUAAUUUUGCCCAUAAAAGAGAGGAUGAGAAUAAAGUUUACCGAGAAACAAGUUUUAGCGAUCCACUGUGGCCGUCACAGUGGUAUUUGCACGAUGAAAGGGAAAAUCUUGCAGAACCAAAGAAGGAUCUUCACGUUGUUCCCCUAUGGAACCGAGGUUUAUCUGGGAAGGGAGUUACAGUUUCUAUUUUAGAUGAUGGUUUGGAAUAUAAACACGAAGAUUUGAUUGAUAAUUAUGCACCUGAAGCUAGCUAUGAUUUCAACAAUAAGAAUCCUGAUCCAACUCCACGAUAUGAUCCUACCAACGAGAACAAGCAUGGGACUAGGUGUGCUGGGGAGGUUGCAAUGAAAGCUGAUAAUGAUAAAUGUGGUGUAGGUGUGGCCUUUAAUGCUAAGAUUGGGGGUAUUAAAAUCCUUGAUGGUACGGUUACUGAUACACUAGAAGGAGAAGCACUACAGUUUGCCCAUGAUAAAAUCGACAUCUACAGUGCUUCAUGGGGUCCUAAUGAUGAUGGUCAUACAGUGGAAGGUCCUGGUCGACUAGCAACACAGGCGUUCAAAAAUGGAGUCACAAAGGGGCGUAAUGGUAAAGGUGUUAUCUAUGUCUGGGCGUCUGGUAAUGGUGGUAGACUUUAUGAUAAUUGUGACUGUGAUGGAUAUACUGGUAGUAUUUAUACACUCUCUAUUAGUAGUGCUUCACAAACAUUUAAAAAACCCUGGUAUGGAGAACUCUGUGCCUCCACGAUGGGAACAACAUAUUCUAGUGGUUCAGCUGUUGAUAACCGAGUGAUCAGCACGGAUUUAAACAAUACGUGCACAUCUAGUCACACAGGAACAUCUGCCGCCGCACCUCUAGCAGCUGGUAUUAUAGCUCUUCUUCUCGAGGCAAACCCUGAUUUAACAUGGAGAGAUGUACAACAUUUGGUAACAUGGACGUCACAAAUAGAACCAUUACGUCAAAAUAAAGAUGACCACGGUUGGGUUAAGAAUGGAGCUGGAUUUUUAGUGAAUACAGCUUUCGGUUUUGGAAUCCUAGACGCAACGGGAUUAGUAGAUGCUGCAAAGGACUGGCAGAACGUUCCAGCUCAAUCUGCUUGUGAAGUCGUGGCUACAAAAGAUUCUAAUUUACCCCAAGCACUAAAGAGUAAUCAGAAAUUAGAGAUAGAAAUAGAUACUAGUGGUUGUAAAGGCCAAGCUAAUGAAGUUAAUUAUAUAGAACAUGUUCAACUUAAAUUAACUUUAGAUUAUACAAAACGAGGAGCUGUUAGUGUGUAUUUAAUAUCGCCUUCCGGUACUUCAACCAUGUUGUUAUCAGCGCGACCUUAUGAUAAAUCUACGCAGGGCUUCCAGAGCUGGCCACUCAUGUCGGUUCAUAACUGGGGUGAAAAUCCUUCUGGUAAAUGGAAAGUCGUUCUUGAAGAUACCACUAAUGAUAAGAAUACAGGCAUAGUGAAGGAUUUAAAACUUGUUAUUCAUGGUACUAUGGAACAACCACAUCAUAUGAAGAAUGGUCCUAGAACUUAUAUCCGGAAUUAUAACAAUGUACAAAACAAGGAAAAGCCUGAACAGUCACCUGAGUCUUUGAUUAAUGGAGAAACAUUAUUGAAAUUAAAUUAUCUCAAAGAUUCCGUGCGAGGCCUCAAAGCCUUGUUUCAGGGGAUGUAAAAGUGAUGGAUGUUUGCGUCGGCUCAGAACUUCCCAUAAUUGUCACGUUAAUACUAUCAAAACUAUAACUUAAAAUUCAAAAACCCUUCUUAACCGUAAGUUUUAGUAUUUGAGCUUAAUAGGGGAUAGAAGAGUCUUUUGAACAGUUCACAGAAAGACGUGUACUAGACCAAAGACUAAACACUAAUUUUGAGCUGACUGCAAAUGGACCAUUACAACAGUCACAUCUUUACACCAUUCUCUGAAGAAAUAAAGAUAUUGGCUGUAAAUAA